CAAUAGUAAUGCGAGGCUAGGCCCAUGGACAAAUGCGUCCCGGUCCAUGAUCAUCCCUCCCCUUUUAUUCGCGGCAAUCAGCAUUCUUCCCGGUGAAAAAAGACAAAAGUACGUUCAAACCCGAAAGGAAAAGCACAAGCGAAGAAGGCCACACCACCCAAAACGUGUCGCGCGCUACAGCCUUCGAAACUUCUAGAAGAUGGAACCGCCCAAGGCAGAGAGCGAGCAGAAGGCGCCGGAGCCCGUGGUGACGCAGGACCCGAGCUCAGAUUCAGAUCCGAAGAGCGGGGAUCAGCAGCUGCAGAAGCAAGGAAAUAGUGCACCGGGUGGGGACGGAAAUUGGGCCACUUUCGUGAUGGGAUCGGAGAAUGCUCCGCAAGCAGAGACUGAAAAGAAGACUCGGGUUCAGAAUGAGGAAUUGGAAUCCGUGAGGAAAUCGGUGCACUGGAGCCCCGAAUUGGUGUCCGAAUCUGCUGCGCACGAUCAUAUAAAUACUCAUAGCCGGAUUGUCAUUGACGAGUCCAAUCCGUAUGUUUCUUCCUCACCCGCGCCCGACUCUUCAAUCUCCUUUAAAGAAACAAUGGUGUCCGUCCGGGAUACGCUGGGGAGAUGGGGAAAAAUGGUCGGAGAGGCGACUAAGAAAGCAGAAGAUCUUUCAAGAAACACGUGGCAACAUCUGAAAACAAGCCCUAGUUUCACUGAAGCUGCAUUGGGAAGAAUUGCUCAAGGAACAAAGGUUUUAGCAGAAGGUGGCUAUGAGAAGAUAUUUCGACAAACUUUUGAGACGGUCCCUGAGGAGGAACUCCAAAAUUCAUAUGCCUGUUACUUGUCCACUUCAGCUGGUCCAGUCAUGGGUAUUUUGUAUGUUUCUUCAGCAAAGCUAGCAUUUUGCAGCGACAACCCUCUUCCAUAUAAAUCUGAUGGGGAAAAUGAUUGGAGCUACUACAAGGUAGUUAUCCCAUUACAUCAACUUAAAGCAGUCAAUCCUUCAGCAAGCAGAGCAAAUCCUGCUGAGAAAUAUAUUCAAGUCAUUUCUGUUGAUAAUCAUGAGUUUUGGUAUAUGGGCUUUCUGAACUAUGAUGGUGCCGCGCAAUGUUUACUGGAAGCUCAGCAAACCCAAAACUUACAAUUCGUAUGAUAGUUGCCCUUUUCAAUUCAAGGUUUCAGUCUUUACUACUGCUUUGGGCAGCACAAGCCCUUAUUUGAGAGCCUUUUUUCAUAUGCAAAUCGAACUAGGUAAUCAUAGAAGUAGUAUUUUGGAUUUUUUUUUUUUUAAGGAAAGGUAGAAAAUACAUGGUUUAAAAAUACGUGUUAGAUUGUUUCUUAUAUGGAAUCAUGUAGCCGACCGCAAUAUUGUUUGAUAUAAAGGCUUAGAUGACUAUGGUCAUGACAUUUUUAGCCUUUUCAUCAUAUUGAUGCGGCAUAGCUCUAUUUGUUUGAUUGUCCAAAUGGAAAGGACAACACGGUUUCCAUUAGAAAUUAGUCCCGGCAUUAUUGACAUCUUUUACCUUGUA